AUGGCGUUUCAGCUAGCAGUUCUCCAGGCUGCUCCAGUCCUGACUGUCUUCAAUAUAAUGAGUAGCUCGUGUCAGCCCGCAGCACCACCAGGAACCAAACAGCCGAACACAGACGAGACGGAGAAGAGGAACAUCGGAGAGAAGAUGAUCUGCUGCAUCCUGCUGCUUCCUCACACUGACCUCCUGUGUCUUUGUUCUACCCAGAGAAUCUCCAGGAUGACAGUUCUUCGAGGACGAGCCAGUGUGAAGCCAAAGACGUCUCCUCGAGAGAAGGACGAAUCAGACUUUCAAUUGUGUUCCAGACCUGAGGACUUGAGGACUCAGGAUGAUGUACCAGUGUCAGCGAAGGGGAUCGGCCUGAACCUGAGACCCGACCCUGCAGACACGACCCCUGGAGAACCAAACACAAGCAGCUCCCAGUCUCUGCCUCUCGGUUUCUUGCAAGGGGCAACAAGGCCCCAGGCCCAGGUGCGAGCUCUGCUACCUGAGAACACCCAGCUCGCCUCACCGGCCCGCUACCAGGCAGCCUGCAACCGCGGUCUUCUCCUCAAGAGCAGCUCUGCAACCAGGCUGGAAUCCAGCGGACCAACUCAGAACAACCGGUUGAUUCUCCGAGAGUCUCACCACAUUCACCGGCUCAAACUCCAGAGAGCUCAUUUCUCAACCGUUUCUCCAACACCUGACUCAGAGCAACGUCCGAGCCAUUUGUGGAGGAAGCCAAUGAAAAACCAACAUACCCAUCUGUCGAUGUCCGACACCGAGGCUCGAACUCCAGAGAGGGAGGAGAUGAUCUGCUGCAUCCUGCUGCUCCUCACACUGACCUCCUGUGUCUGUGGAACAUUUGUAGUGAAUGUGACACAGAGCUCCUAUCAGGCGGAGGAGAACCACAACAUCACACUGGAGUGGAGCUUCACAACCAAACCUCACACUCCAUCUGACUUCCUUAUUAUCUUCUGUCAGCUGUUUACUGAUCUCAGAGCCUCAGUCCUGUAUCAUCUACAUGAGGGUGUUGAGUCCCCAGAGUCUCAGGAUGAACAGUUUUCAGGACGAGUCCAGUGUGACAAAGACGUCCUCAGAGAAGGACGAAUCAGACUUCAUGUGUCCAGACUGAGGACUGAGGACUCAGGACUGUACGAGUGUACGGUCCUCACCUCUGAUGGGAGGAGCUCUGGUAAAUGUCGCCUCAACGUCUCUGAAGCGAGGGAUCGGCCUGAACCUGAGACAGAACCUGAGACAGAACCUGGAGAACCAAACACAGCAAGUCGGAGAAGGAUCGUCCUCUACUGUGUUGUUCUGACUCUUUCUUUUGUUUUCUUAUUAAUUCACUUCCUGCCUAGAAAACAAAGAUUUCUACCCAGAGUUCAAUGUUGGAUCUGAGGAAAAGUUUCAGCUCAACAGAAACAGUUUUGGUGGGAACAGUUUCUAUUACGUCUUUUACAGCGGAAACAAUACACGGUCCAGUCAUACACUAGAUCUAUACCUAGUCUUAUUUUGAAAGGACAGCUUGUUAAACUGUGUCAGACAGAUGUGAAACGUGCACUGUGUUCACUUUAUGAAAUAAUGCUGAGAAGCUUGUCUACUUUUACUGACUUAUCCAUCAUGCACUUGAUCUAUUGGUACGAAACUGUAGCAGCUCACAGGAAGUGAUGCGACUGUUUGUGUUGUUGUUAAUGUUCCUUCUCCAGAGAAAAACUGUGAGUUAACACUGUUGUUAAUGAGGACGGUCACUAGAGGGAGCUCUUUGUGCUCAUUUAGACCAUCAGACACUUUCCUGUUUUCAGUAUCAUUGAACUUCUCUUGUCUCACACUCUGAAAUAGUAUUUCUGUAUUAUUCACUUUCUGCCUAGAAAACAAAGAUUUCUACCCAGAGUUCAAUGUUGGAUCUGAGGAAAAGUUUCAGCUCAACAGAAACAGUUUUGGUGGGAAGUUUAUUUAACCUAUUAUUGUGUUGUAUUCAUGUUUUAAUAUAUUCUUCUUAUUGAUUUGAUUAGUUGUUAUAUU